AUGGCAGCAUAUACGGCCCUUUACAGCCACAGAAACGCCUUGAUAGACGAGUCAGAGAGCGAAGGAAUAAACAGAAUUAUUGUGUACUCUGCUGCAGAAAUACUGGACCAUGUGCUGAGAGAGAGAAAAACAGACCUGUUUCUGCGAAUAGUGGAGUACAACGGGAAGAAAGUGAGCGCCUGUGUACUGGAGAAUGGGUAUAAGGUGUUUGCUGUCUUCCACAGCACAGAAGACGAAAGGGAGGAGAUGAAGAGACUCCGCGAGAUAUUUCGAGAGAAAGUUGUAAGGGGAGAAUUUAAUGCAUUUGAAUUUUAA